UAUCGAGCUGGAACUCAACCGAAAAUGCAUAUACUCAUCUUAUUUUUGUACUUGGUGAAUCUUACCUUCGCCAGGAGUGUUAACUCGACGGGAACAGAAGUGGUGUUGGCCACCACAACGCAGAACCCUGUUGGUACUACCCCUUCAAUACCGGAAAGUCCACCCUUAUCCAGGUACGAAAAGGGAUUGGAGGACUACGAUGAAGCCGUCGAGAAUAUGAGGAAAGCUAGGGGUAUGAUGAUGGAUGAUGAAUUGGAUUAUGAUCAUGACCAUGAUUUUGCUCAUGAUCAUGACCAUCACCAUGAUCACGAGCAUCAACCGCCGAUGAUGAAAGAAAUGGUAGAGCAGAAGGCCGUCAAAUCCGACCCUUGGGCCGGUUACUACGACUUCAUCAUCAACGAGGGAUCAUUCAAGUUUUGGGCUGCUUUUCAGUUGGGUACAGCCUUGCUGUUGAUCUAUUCAGCGUUUGCUGCCAUUUACUAUGCCAAGUUCAAUCCGAUCACGACAGACUACGACUACUACGAUGACUUCAUCUUCAGAGGAAAGCGAUCUCUGAGGCCAUCACCGAGCACAAACUGGUUCGGUCUGGAUGCAAGCACCUUCCAGCGGAUCUUGAACGCAAUAACGACGAACAAAUACUCAUAAUAAGCAACCCGUCGAUGUCGACCUGUACAUUUUAGCCCUGCCAGACGUUUUGGACCAAUUCAAAAGAGCAGUGAUUAAUCUUCUUUGAAACCUUCAAAAUAUCGGUCUUCCUUUUCUUUUCGUUUUGCUUGCCGUUUUUACUUAUAUAAUUAUGGGUGCGCAUGGUCCGCUUUCGAAUCAAAUGGGACAAGCGGACCAUACCAGGGGAAUUUGUUGUUUUAUGUUUGUUUUGUAAU